AUUCAAACACCCCCGCCGCCAGGGACCCCAAUGGAGGGGUGUGUGUGGAAGCAGAAAAACAAACCACCCCAUAGAAAGGUUGGGUGAGUGUAGGCAGGGAGGAGCACAAGCCGAGGCCGGUCACUGAAACCUAGGGCAUAGGAGGAAUUGAGUAGGAGUAGGUGAUCCGCUGUCCACAAAGGGGUUAAGGAGAAUUAGGACAGAGAUCUUUGGAUUUGUCUGUGUCUAAGGUGGUUGGUGAUUUUGGAGAGUUCCACUUCAACGGAGUGCAAAGAACAGAACCCAGACUGCAGGGAGACAAGAGAGAGAGAGAGAGAGCAAAAGAGGGAUGCGUCAGAAGUGUGUCAUUAUGGUGCCUGUGCAAGCAGUGCAGCCUGCGGAAUCCAAUUUAUACUGCUGGUGUGGGGCCCUCGCUGCACAGUCCUUUCUAGAGCUACAAAGCAAGCUGCUGCACAGACAUUCUUUCAGAGGGUGCUGGCAUUCUUAGGCUUUCAUUGCUUCUGCCUAGUGUGUUUCUAUCUAUCUAUCCCCAACAUCUGUGAAGAAAAAGCUGUACACCUGAAUGACAGCCCUAGUUUCCCAGGCUCCCUGGAAAAUGUUCUUAAGCGUGCAGGAGAGCAUGACUUUGGACUCAUUAACUUGCUGGCACAACCGUGUCUCUGGCCGAAUGUAAGCGUCCCCUUACCAGGCUGCUGCAGGCUGAGCUUUGUUGACAUGGGGGAUGGAGUGAGCCAUCUCCCACUCCCUGGGGGCUCUUUUGUUAAGCCAUUGCCUAGCAACUUCAGCAGGAGCACAGUGAACUAUGGCGUCCUCCCAGGCAGCCAGCAGCUUUUUAUACCACACGGAUGAUCUCACCUUUGAAGAGAGGACUUCAAUGUAUCAGUUGCGGCUGGAGAGGCAGAGAGUGGAUGGGAAGCCCCCAGAGCUGCAUACACUGUCAUGUAGCACCUCUGUUUUUCCAGCACCUACACUGGAAACCAGCUCCCCAAGCUCCAUCUCCCAGAAUCAGGUUUUUAGAAGCCAGGCCACUAUGUCAAGGUUUAAAGCAGGCACCUCAGGAAAGGGGACUUAUGAGAAGGAGACCGAGAUGUGGGAGAAGCAGGAAGCAUCACCAUCUGAGGAAGAGAGAACAAACUUACUUGAUCAGCUCCUCCAGGAAAAAGUGCACAGUGGGACAAAAGAAACAAAAUCUCUUCUCCAUCGGCUGAUUUUCCUGGCCAAGAUCUCACCAGAGCUGGCUGACAAAAGGGAUUUAGCUGAGUACUGGGAACAACUGUUUGCGAGUCUUCAGCGCUCCUAUUACCAGAGCGAGGGGGUCACAGGCCUACUGCUGCUCUACCCCGCAUAUGUUAUACACAUACUGGAGUCAUCCAGUGAUAUGCUUUAUGCUGUCCUGCGAGACCUGAGGGAUAUGGAGCAGCAGCAGAGAGUGUUAGUCCUGGGUGCCAAGAUCCUUGUCAUGUCCCACAACCUCCCUUCCCGACUCUUCCAGCAGUGGAACUACAAAGUGCUGAAUGUGCCUGAGAGAUACCAGGAGUACAGUGCAGCCCGAGAAGAGCCGACGGAGGCUAUCAUCUGCGAGUGCCUCACCACGCUCCUGAAACUUGGCAAGCAUCUACAGAGGUACCCCAAGAAGCCCAAGAACCUUGAAGAUGCCAUCCUGGAAAAGGUCCCAGAGCUCAUUGUUCCCCAAGAUACCAUCUGCCACCUGCUGGAAUGCCAAGAGUUACUGAGUGCAGCUCAGUACCUGCAACUUUAUGACUCCCCUUUGAACAUUCUGAUGGACUCAGGGCUUGUGUUUCGAAGCGAUGAUCCCACAUCAGUUUAAGUUCUUCAUGCACAGCGUAAAGAGACGACGUGGCCUUUGGCAGAACGGUUAAAAUUGCAUCUUGAAUGGGCUGCUGCAAAGAGAACCCACUUUCAAUAAGGAAAAAAGACUCGGGACAAAAUGUAUUGCAUUUGGAGCAGAGUGGUAGUAGCAGGAAAUCAAGACUGAAUACCUUAAGAUUUGAUUGAGAAUUCAACAGCAAAGGAGGUGUUUUAAAGUGAUCACUGGGAAGCAUGGGUAGGAUGAAAGGAGACACAGUUGAGCAAUUUUUUCAUCUCACUUGUUUUUAGUUCACCGUUUGUGGAAAUAUUGAAAAUCUCUAGCGUUGCUCAGAAAUCUUAGGCAUUCCUUCAAUUCAGAACCAGCAUCUAAAUGGCAAUGUUUUCAAAAUAAAGCAUGAUCUCACUUACUAGAAUGGA